CAUAUAUUUUUCAAAAGUAAAAAUAAAAUUGAAUUUAAACACUUAUCGUACAAAAAAUUGGAGGUAUUUUGUAGUUUUACUAAUUUAUACGCUUGUGAUUCUUAUUUGGAAAUUAUGUGUUGCGUCUCUAAAUUUCAGUAGAACAUUUUGUUUUAGCCAUAUGACGAGAAAAUAUAUAAAGUCCAGGAAAGUUUAGUUUUCGAUUGAAAAUUUGUAUGACAUUUCAAUAACGUCACUCGUGAUUAGAGUAAACGCAUAUAUGUACAUAGUUGGUAUGACACAUAACCUAGAAAUAUUUAACUUUCAAAACGAAUUGUGAAAAACGUUUUGAUGUCAUUGUUAAGAUACAACGAAUAUUAGUGAAUAUGUGCAAACAAUAUCAAUACAAUCUUGAUGUUUUGUAGCAUCAAGAUUUAACAAAAAAAUAACUAUUUAUUUCAUAACAUCUUGUACAUACAGAAAAAUAUACGAGCAAUAUAAAUCAGUAUACGUUUCAUUGUGUAUUUAAAAAAAAACAGGUUUUUAGUGAAUUAAUUGUGACUAGUGUAAACGUAUCUACAAAUAUAUUCUUUUUCUCAUACUUUAAGUUUGAUGCUUCUAUUAAAUAAUAAUCUUGAUAACUUUCAAACAAACAUUUAAUUAAGGAAAUUGUAAUGAUUCGAAUAAGUUUUCUGUUUGAGAGGAUGUAUUUACAAAAUAAUUUAUUUAAAGAUUAUUAUCUAAAUAAAAUUAUUAUUAACGGAAAGCAACAACAAUAAUUCUAAAUUAUAUGGGAGAAGCUUGGAAGGGAUUAUUUCAAUGCCAUGUAAGGAAGUUUAUUGUUUGAAGUUGAUAAUCAUGGACGAAAGGAGGGUAGCAGAUUACUUUGUCAUUGCUGGUUUACCUGGUCAAGACAAUGAUUUUGAUAGCGACAAUGAAAGUCAAGAAAAAUUAGAAGAUUGGUAUCAAGAAGGAACGCAUGUCAAAGACAUGCAUAUGAAAGCUCCAAUUACUGAUCUUGCCAUUAUAUUCCCUGCAUUAGGUGAACAGUGUCCAGAUGGGUAUAUUUUGUUAGAAAAUACUGUUACAGGGUUACCUGCUGAUUUAAACCAUGGAAGUUUGAGAACAAAUGAAUGUUAUUUAUGUUACCGGAGAGGACGAGACAAACCUCCUUUAGUUGAUAUAGGCGUAAUAUAUGAUGGCAAAGAACGUAUAAUGCAAGAUGCAGAAAUGGUGUUGGAAACUCCAAAGGGAUACGUAGCAAAUGUGAAUAAUUCAACAUCAAGAAUAUUUGUGACAUUUAGACGUGCAAGUCGUAAAAUGCCAUGCAAUUCUUUAGUUGUGACAGAUAUAUGUGUUAUCCUAACAAAUAAAGGAGAAACUCCUCCACAUGCGUUUUGUGUUAUCAAUAAAAAUUUGAACAAAGGCAUGUUGGGAAGCGAUGUAUUUUUAUGCUACAAGAAAUCUAUGAAUCGUGCAAAUUUAAUAUCAUUUAAACCUGCUGUACUGUAUAAAUACCCAAUGGGAGAUUAUAGCAGUUUUGGUUUUCCAAACUCUGUUGCAAUGUUCUGCUUACCAAUGGGAGCAACAGUAGAAUGCUGGCCCAAAGUGGCAUGUAAACCUAAACCAGUGUUUUCGACAUUUGUCUUGACAGUUGCUGAUGCAGCCCAAAAAAUAUAUGGUUCUGCAAUAACAUUUUAUGAAGAAUUCGAAGUAGAAAUGGAUACUCAAAGAAAUACGAAAGAAAAUCAACCAGUUGAAGAAUUCAUGGAGAAUUUGAAGAUUUCUGUUGAACAUGCAGAAGUUGACAAUCAGCAACUGAAAAUGAGAACACUUAAACAGUGUGGAAUACUUAAGAAACUUACCUUACUACAAUUGGAAAAGUUGCAAUAUACAGACCCCGUCACACAAUCUUUAAAUAUUAGUAAAUCUAUAUGCAUACUAUCUCAUUGGCCAUUUUUCGACACGUUUGAGAAAUUUUUAGUUUACCUGCAUAGCAUGGUCAAUAACAAACCCCAAAACGUUCCUAUUGAAAAAUACAUAGCAUAUUUUUUGUACGAUAUACCGUUCCCAAGUCCACAAAGACCAAGAAUUCAAAUACAAUUAAAUAGUAAGAACAGAUUGAUUUUAACGCAACCAGAAGAUUUAGCACUACCUAGGUCUGGUGCGAGUUUUCGGCAGUUACUCAUCAAUUUAGGACCUGAUAAUUGUUUACUCAUAUUGUUGCUAAUCUUAACUGAACAGAAAAUACUUGUACAUUCGCUACGUCCUGAUGUACUUACAUCAGUGAGUGAAGCUAUUGCUAUGAUAUUAUUUCCAUUUAAAUGGCAGUGCCCAUAUAUACCUCUAUGCCCCUUAGGCUUGGCAGAGGUUCUGCAUGCGCCAUUACCAUUUUUAAUUGGCGUGGAUUCAAGAUUUUUUGAUUUGUACGAUCCACCCGCAGACGUUAAUUGUGUAAAUUUGGACACGAAUAAUAUAGCGAUUUGUGACGAUAAAAAAUAUUUAAAUAUAAAAUUGUUACCCAAAAAAGCAGCCAGACAGCUUAGAAAUUGGUUGGAACACCUCUAUUCGAAGUUGAUUUCAUUAGGAAAGAGUUAUUCGUCUAUGAAAGAUAUGGACGAUGAAGAGUUUAGUGUUGAUAAAGAAUUUCAACAAAAACGAAAAGAACAAGCUUUAGAGCUUGAAAUACAAGAUGCUUUUUUACGAUUUACUGCUACUAUAUUAAAAGGAUACCGUGCUUUCUUACUACCAAUUACAAAAGCACCAACAGUUGGUUCAACUGAUCCAACCAGUUUGUUCAAUAUACAAGCUUUUCUCAGAAGUCGGGACAAGGCUCAUGCAAAAUUUUAUAGUAUGUUAGUAAAGACGCAAAUGUUCAUAAGAUUUAUAGAAGAAAGAAGUUUCGUAUCUGACAUGGAUAUGGCGGGUUUAGCUUUUUUUGAUGAAUGCACCGAACGCAUUGAAGAAGAAAAUGUGCCACUUUUGGAGUUGGACGAAUCUCAGCACAGCGAACGGACUGUUUUCAUACCUCCGCCUGAAGCAGGACCAAAUCAGUCACCAAUUGCAUACCGCACGUUUAAAUUAAAUCACGACUUGAUAAGACCGCAGAAACAUUUCAAUGUAAAAAACACAAAUUUAUGUGCCUUUGGAAUAAUACCAGGUAGUCCUAUGGCACGCAGAACCAAACAUGAAAUUAAAGUGGCACAAAGGAUGGCACGUAAACAAGCAGCAAUGCCAGAUAGGUGGGGUAGAUGUCUACUUGGAACCUGUUAUAGUCUUUGGUUCUUGCAUUUGCCAGCUAUGUUACAAGUGUCUAACCAACCGGCUGCGAUUUUACAUCAGGCCUAUGAUUUACUAGUUAAAAUGCCGAAAUUAAAUCUUGAACCAAUUGAAGAAGUUUGUUACAGAGCUAUGAUGCAACUUUGCGGUGUUUACGGACAACCUGUACUAGCAGUAAAAUUAUUAUUUCACAUGAAACGUAGCGGUGUUCAACCAAAUGCUCUUACAUAUGGGUUUUAUAACAAGGCUGUACUUGAAGCAACUUGGCCAUCUGACGUAACUAAUUCCAGUCAAUUGAUGUGGAACAAACUAAGAAACGCUAUAGUUGGAGCAGCUUUAUUUAAAGAAGCUGGUAAAAAAAGUGCUAAAAGAAGAUUAAGUUCAACUGCAGAUUUAUUAACCGUUGAUGGUAAACUUGCAAAUAUGGAACAUGCAUUUUCUAGAUCUAGCCUUGAUAGUUCGCAUUCUCAAGACACAGAAGCUGCACACAGCGAUUCGACUAAAGGAAGUUCAACAACGGAUUUACCGGACUACGGGCCUCUAGAAAUGAGAAAGCUUCCACGACAAAAUAGUAUUGUUAAAGAUACAGCAGCAUUAAAUGUUAUACACGCAGAAGAGUUUAAUAAUUUGGCGAUGACACAGAGGUUGAUUCGGAACUUAGAAUCGCCGUUAAAAAGUCCCAUACGCACGCCAGUUACAGAAAAUGAUCCGCUAGGUGCUCUAAUUAACGAUGAAACACCAAUUGUCUCACCUUCCGAAGAGAAUGAUUCAAACUGUUCGACAUGUACUUUGACAGUCUUUAAUAAUGUUGAAGAACGGGCGGGAGGACCGCUUUUAUUUCGAAGCAAUGUCUUGCCUCGUAGCGCAACAUUUCACCAAACCGUAGAUGAAAGUGAUGUAGCAAUAGGCGGCCAUUUGCAAAGAAGUGAAACAAUGCCUUAUUCUGUGGCACAGCAAGGCGAACAAGAUAAAGAAAGAGAAAGACUAGAAAUAAGCAGUCUUUGGUCUCAAAAGGAUAGCGUUACCUCGAGUCUGUCAAAUCUAGGCUCUAGUUUGAAGCUGAGUUUCGGCUCGACUAGUCUGACUGGGAAAAAAUCUAAUGAAAUAAUAUUAGGUGGCCUAAAUAGCUUAAAAUCGGCUGCUACGACAGUAGCAAAAAAGUUUGAUGAAAUUAAAGAAGCUAUUUCUGCAACUAGUACACCAGUAAAACUUAAAGAACGUGAAUAUAAAAUAACACAUGGAGCAUCGCAUGAAUCGUUGGAUUCCAUGACAGACGGAUCUGUUCAAGAUCGAACCGAAGCUCUUAGAAUAUCUGGAGACGGAAAUAUAGAUCCUUAUACAUUGUGUGAUUUGGCCGAAAAUUUAUAUCCAAAAGGUUCAAGAGAAUUGGAUGAACGAAUUGCUAUUGAACUUGUGCUCUCUAGUGCUAGUAGAUGUCAUCAUUGUGCCUCUAUACUCUAUGAUGAAGAAAUAAUGGCUGGUUGGCAACCAGAAGACUCAAAUUUAAAUACGGUCUGUCAAUAUUGCGACAAAGCGACAGUACCUCUACUUACUAUAACAAUAUUAGAUUACAGAUGCGAGAAAAAUGAAAGAAAAAAUGACCCUCUAAUGGGAGCACUAGUUGAACUUUUGGAUAAACCGAAAGAAUUAUUAGAACCCACCACAGUGCCAUAUUUAAAUCCUCUUGUUUUAAGAAAGGAACUAGAAAGUGUCUUAAGUCAAGAAGGUGAUUCUUGUCUUACAAAACAUAAAUUUAUCGAAGAACAUCCAAUAGUAUAUUGGAACCUUAUAUGGUACUUUGAAAGGAUUAAUUUAACAAGUCAUCUCCCAGAUUUAUGGUUGAAUAAUGAUAAGAAAAAGGAUCAAAUAAAUUAUGGUGCAGUAGGUGUUAAAACUAUGUGGGACAACGAAAGACUUCAUAUGGAUCGUUUACCCAUGUACCUUCAAUGGAAGCUCAAUAUUACAGAGGAUAAAACGUUAAUGCAGUUAGUAAUUACGAACGUUCGUCGAAACGACUUAGCAGAACCUAUAAAAAGAGUGGCCUUAGAGAGAAGCAGAAAUCAAGCACCUGACCAACCCCUAUUUUCUAUAUAUCGAGAUAUAUUGUUUUUAGCAUUUACCGUUUUGGGUAGAGGAAAUAUUGAUCAAGGUGUUUUCGACAAAGAAUAUACUUUAUCACUAGAAAGAUUAACGGAAGAAGAACAAAAGCUGUUGUGUAAAAUUGAUGCUCCGCCUUCAAUGAUGUCAAUAUUCUGCAGACAUUACUUUAAGCAACUCAGCGUGUAAAAAUAAUGCAAACGGUGUAAUAUAUUGUGAAAAUGACUAGAUUAUCAUGGAAAUUAUUAUAGAUUCAUCUGUUCAAGUGCGAUUUCAAUGUGAAACAAUUUAUGUAUCCUUCAAAAAUUAAUAGCGAAUCAAUUAUUUUAGAUAAAUGUGUACGAAUUAUUAUGUUUCAAUCGCUAAAACUUUUAUUUUUUAACAAAAUAACCGAGAGGACACUCGACGUCACAAACUCGCUUGUGGAAUAAUACAAUUUUCAUGUUUAAAAUAUAUAAUUACUAUAAAUAAUUUUUUAUUUUGAAAAUAGUUUGCGUAUAUACGUUUUCGCGCAUAUAAUUUCUUAUGUUAAUGUGAAUAUUCUUAGUUGUAUCGAUGAACGUGAUAUUAAAGAUCGUUCAGUACCAAAGAAACUGACUUGAUCGUAAAACUAUAAAUUUAAUUGCUUUAAUAUAAAUUCACGCAUUAUAUGAAUAGCGCAAUCGUAAUUUUCAAUGUACGAAUUACAUACUUGGUAUAUUUCUACCAACGUUUUGAUCAUCAAAUACUGAUUAAAUGACCACGAUUGUGUUUCGAACAAAGCGAACUAUAACGUAACUCAACGUUCAUAUAAUAUUACAAAAGACAAUAUUCAUUUUCUGAUUUUUUAAGCGGAACAGUUAAAUAAUUCGUGACAAAUAUAAUUCAAUCAGUAAUUUACAUGUUCACGAUGAAAAGUGCUGUUCACACUCGUAGCAUAGACUUUCAUUUGAUAUUUACCAUAGUAAAUUAAUGCUUUUUUAAGUUACAGUUCAAAUUUACAUUACAUAGACAUUAUUGUAUCCAAGAAAAUAAAAGCUUUCUAUCCUAAAAUUGCAACAUAAUGAUUUUUAAAUUAUUGUUUACGAUUAAAAAUGGAUAUUUAUUUUUUCCUUUGCAAAAUACGAUGU